UAUCAAACAAUAAAGAACGUUAAAACUUUUAUUUUUGACGUAGGUUUCACAAUUUUUGAUAAUGGAUCAAACAUAUUGUGCGUGUAGUUAUCCAACAAAACCUUCAGAUUUAUUGAAUAAGAUAAUCAAUCUUUUGGAAUGCGAAAUAACGAAAAACGACGAGAGAGUAAUUGAAUUACUUUGGUGUUACAUCGCGUCAGCAAAAAUUGGAUUCAUGAUAGUUGAUUUACCGAAUUUAAUGACCUUAUUGGAAAUAUUAAGCGAGAGAUUCAAACAAAUACCUGAAUUUGGAGAUAUUCUGAAAAGUUUAUUGGCAAUUUGCAAAAUACCAAUACGUCUAAGGGUAAGUUCGGACGUAUUGAGAUUUGAUAACGAUCUACAAGAAUAUUUUGCAGUGUUAGGUUACGUGCUGUUGCGAGUGGAAGAGGUGAAUUUUCGAAAAAUCGUAUUGGAUACGAUCGUAACCAUUUUGGAAUUACGUAACGAGAAAGAUAAAAAUCAGGUAAUUUUGAAAAAACGUAGACGUGCAUCCGUUUCCGGUAGAUUCCCCGGAAUUUUAGCUCAAAUUUUAUUCAUCAUCGACGAUGAGUUGUUUCCUAAAGCUUUGGAUCUAACUUUUAGUUUAAUAUCAGAAUUUCCCGAAAUAUGUGGAAAAAUGACCAAAGAAGAUAUUCUAAAUACUCUUCUGAUUCGUUUAGAAGACAAUUGGCGAAAUAUAUAUCCAGAUGUUCCAAUGUGUGAUCCGCCGGAUAUAACGCCAUCUUUUACUAAUUUGAGGAUGAUCACAUCGAUUAUCAAUUUGAUUGCUCUCUACCUUAGUGCCCAUACGGAACUUUUACCAAAUGUACCUAUGGUGACGAGAUUUUCUUUAUGGCAUUUGAGAUACGUAUACAUUUAUGUAACCAAAGUUCGUAAUACGCCCGCGAGAAAUCUUGUAAUGACUUGUAUUAUCUGGAUAGUCGAUUUAUUUCCCGAUUCGGAAUUCGUUCCGAGCGGUUUAGCACGGGAUUUUUUGAGGUCGAGUUGUGAAGCUAGCGAAGAUUUCAUUCGAGAUACGAUCCUAUUGAGGAUCAAGCCGUUGAUACCACUGGACGAUUUUAUCUUCCUGAAACUGUUUAUUUGCUUUAUUCCGGUAUAUUUGAAAUAUUCCGGAGGUAAAGGGAUUUUGGAACAGAAUAGAAUUAUGUACAGAAUAUUGAAAAUUAUCAGUCAUCCAUCUCAAGAAAACAGCAAUCCCAAAGAACAUGCUUGCGUUAUAAAAAUAUUGAGUUAUAAGAUGUUGAAUAUAUUAGUUCCGCAUCUAGAAGAUGAAUUUAUAGAAAAUUCCGGACCUACGAUUUUAAUAAAGAACUUGAAACAGAAUGUAUCUUCUGAAAGCGGUUUAAUUUUGCUAUCAAAAUGUUUGGAUACCCUUAGAAAAACUUUACAAGAAGAUCCAAGAAAAGUGGUACUAAAUUCAGUUUUAUUCAAUAACGGAUGUGACGUAAUUAUAGAAGUUUCUCGAAAAUUAUUAACCUACGAAAUAUUUAGCGAGAAAGCGCAAAUAUGUAUACAAGAAGCGUUUCACAUCUUAUCUAUUAUCUACGGACAUUGUAAAGUUAGUAACAGCACCGAUUCGGUAGAUUUAACAAUCGAAUAUUUGAAACGUCUGUUGAAACAGAAACAUAAAGAACCGGUUUAUGAUAACAGAAUCAUUAUAGCCAUAAUGGAUUUCAUUUGGGAAGUGAUAGUCAACAAUGAUGAACUGACACAACACUUUUUGAAACACCACGGCGUGUUUUUAAUGCUCGACUUUCUACAGGUUUAUCCCUUAGCUGUUAAAAUCAUAACUCUAGGCGCAUUGGUAGAUUUAUGCGAUUUCAGUAAGGGUAAAAGCAUCCCUUAUAUGAUAACGUGGACAGGUAAGAAUGGAAAAACGUUAAUACCUUUACUGAUGGACAUAUUUAGAAACGAAAAUAAAGAAUUGGGUGUUCAGAUUGGACCAAAUGGUGUUAUUGCAGAUGGUAGAUACCCGUUGAUGGGUAAAGAUCAAUACAAAUCAACUUUUGAAAAUAAAAAUAUCGGAGAAAAUCCAUCGAUGGCCGAUAUGUACGCCAGCUGUAGACCGAAAAUUUACGCGCUUCUAUGUUUGAUAUACGACAGAUACGGAGAUGUUUUCGAAAUAGCGAACGGUUCUUACAAAACCUGCAACGAAAAUUUAUCCACAGAAGAUCGGAUGACUUUGUUGUUGGCGGAAAAUUUUCUCGGUUUGAAAUUUGGUGAAAUAUGGGAAGAAUUGAAAGUUGAGUUCGAAAUGAUGGAAUUUGAACCUCUGCCAAUCGAUCGUAUGGUGAUAGACGCUUUAGUUGAAAGGACGCACAGAUGGGGGGCUCAUUUGAAAGAAGUCCAAGAGGAUUUGUUAAAAGAUGGAUUAGUUGAUAAUCUAAUGGACGAACAAGAAACGUACAGAAAUUUGAACGACGCCCGUAUAACUCAAGCUUUAGAAAGUAUAAACGAAGCCAAAUAUUUGGCUAGAUGUACAGAGAGAAUGUUCCGCAUAGCUCAAGCUUACAAACAAGUUGCGCAAGUCGAAAAAUCAAUGGACCAUAUUAAUGCUUCACCUGAGUUUCAUCAAACGUUCUCUACCAGAUCUCGCGUCACUCCGAUUUUUAAACAAAACAUGUGUGUUGUUGAAGAAAAACCAGAGGACGAUGACGUCUCGCUUAUUUUAUCCAAUGAAUCCAAAUCCACUUUUGCUUUCAUAGAUUUACUUUAAUCCAUAUGAGGAACCAGUCAUCAACCCAUAUAUUAUUUUUUACAGUUUGAUUGUAUUCUUUUAAAAUUAUAUUCAUCGAAAUGAU